AUGAGUAAUGCAAAAUACCACCACGUGCCCGGGGUUCCGCAGCCUGGCAGUAGUAACAAGGCGCCUGUUCAGCAAGGGCUCGUCGCGUGUGUGUUCGCUGUGGCGUUCGGCCUCUCCGCCGGCGGCCGCCUCGCUAGCGGAGGGAUCUCCGGAAGCUAUCUGCCUCCUUCAAGGGACUCCUCCGGAUCAUCUGGUGGAUCCUUUAUUACGGCAUCAUCUGGUGGAUCUGGCGGAGGAUCCUUCGGUAGCAGGCCGUCGGGUGGAUCCUUCACGGGGGGCUCACUCGGUGGGGGAGUAGGAUCCUUUAGCGGCAGCAAAGGGGCUUCCUUUGGCGGCAGGCCGUCUGGUGGAUCCUUCAACAUCGGAUUGUCAGGUGGCUCCUUUGGAGGCAGGCCGUCUGGCGGAUCCACUGGGGGAGGACUUUCUAGUGGAUCGUCUGGGGCCAGCGUGGCAGGCGGCGUCGCGGCAAGUUAUUUGCCUCCCGCACCUGGCGGAUCCUUCAGCCAAGGAUCAAGUGGCGGAUCUUUCAGCCGAGGAUCAACAGGCGGAUCUUUCGGCCGAGGAUCAACAGGUGGAUCUUUCAGCCGAGGAUCAACUGGCGGAUCUUUCAGCCGAGGAUCAACUGGCGGAUCUUUCAGCCGAGGAUCAACUGGCGGGUCCUUUGCUGGAUCAGGAAAGGGAUCCGGUAGCAUCGGCAUCUCCAGCAGCUACCUCCCUCCUGCAGGAAAGUAA